GGGAGGACCAAAGACGUAACAGCGGAAGAAAUAGCAGCGGAAAAAUAACAUCGCCAAGAGAGGGGAGAAAAAGGAAAAAAAAGGAAAAAAAAAAAGCGUGCGAAGAGGGAACGAGAAAGCGACCACCCAUUUUGCGCACAGCGAGAGGAAGCCCUUGAAGGUAGCCACAACUGGAGAAACUGCAAAGCUUGAAAUAAAGUGCCGCCUUCCGCGAAACGGCCGACCAGGUGAGCAGCCCACAGCCGAGCUGCAUCCAGGAAUAGCCGCACAACUGCACAAAUGCACAGCUGAAGAGCUGCCCAGCUGACCGCCUACCCAACUGAAGAACCUCUUUUUCCACCCGCCGCGAUUUGCAAAGAUGUCCAUCCACCUGCUGAACAAGAAGGCGGACAGCCUGCGGUCCACGAACGUGCUGCUGACGAACAUCAACGCGAGCAAGGGGAUGUACGACAUAAUCAAGAGCAACCUGGGCCCCAAGGGGAGCUACAAAAUGCUGGUGAGCAGCUCCGGGGCGAUCAAAAUAACGAAGGAUGGCAACGUCCUGCUGAACGAGAUGAUGAUUCAGCACCCAACGGCGAGCAUGCUGAGCCGAAUAUGCUCCUCCAUCGACGAGACGUUAGGAGACGGGUCCAGCAGCAACCUCAUCGUCGCGACGUCGUUGAUAUACCUUUCGGAGAAGUACAUUCUGUACGAGAGCAUCCACCCCCGUAUCAUCACGCAGGGGUUCGAUCAAGCCAAAGCGAUUCUCCUAGAUGUAUUAGAAUCGAUGAAGAUCCCCAUAAAUGUAAAGGAGCAUUUUGAUAAGGAGCUCCUCUAUAACGUUGCCAAGACGUGCGUUAGGACCAAACUACCCAUCGUACUGGCAGAUAAGCUGGCAGAUGACCUAGUGGAAAGCAUCAAAAUAAUUUAUAGCCCAGAGAAGCAGAUAGAUCUCCACAUGGUAGAAGUGGUGGACGUUAAGAAAAAUAUGAGUAUAAAUACAAAAUUGGUUAGAGGAAUGGUCCUGGACCAUGGCUGUAGGCAUCCCAACAUGCCAAACAAACUGACCAAGUGCUUCACCCUAGUGUUGAAUGUCAGCUUAGAGUACGAAAAGAGUGAAGUCUUUUCUUCCUUCGUUUAUUCUACCGCGGAGGAUAGAGACAAGUUAGUCGCAUCGGAGAGGAAGUUCACAGACGAUAAGGUGAAGAAAAUCAUAGAGCUGAAGAAAAGCCUAAUUGAAAGGAAAUUUAAAGAGACAAACGAGAUGUACAAUUUUGCUGUCUUCAAUCAGAAGGGAAUCGACCCAAUCAGUUUGGACCUACUGGCCAAGGAAAACAUCAUGGCUUUGAGGAGAAUUAAAAGGAGAAAUCUAGAACGUAUAGUCCUCUGUUGUGGUGGAAAUGCAUGCAAUAAUGUCUACGAUUUGUCGGAGGAAGAUGUAGGAUUUGCUGGACUCGUAUACGAAAUUUGCAUUAACGAUGAGAAAUACACCUUCAUUGAAGAUGUGGUUAACCCUAAGAGUUGUACCCUCUACAUUCAGGCCCCCAACGAUUAUACCAUUAAGCAGAUAAAGGACGCCAUCCGGGAUGGCCUCAGAAGCAUUAAGAACUGUAUAGAAGACCAGUGUGUUAUUUCCGGGGCGGGCUCAUUUGAAAUUGCGGCUUACUGUAAAUUAAAAGAGGAAGAGAAAAAGAUCCGAGGGAAGCAGAAGUUCUCUUUCGACGUUUAUGCUAAUAGCCUGCUCAACAUCCCAAAAAUUCUGCUGGAGAAUAGCGGGCUGGACAUCCACGAGACGCUCUUCAAUGCGAUCGACAAGUACAUGGCCGACCAGUCGGAGCCCCUGGGCGUUGACUUGGACACGGGCGAGCCGAUCAUCGCCCAUUUGAAGGGCAUAUACGACAACUACUGCGUGAAGAAGCAAAUCAUCUCCAUCGCCACGGCCAUCUCGCAGCAGAUCCUGCUCGUCGACGAGAUCAUACGGGCGGGCAAGUCGAUGGGCGAGGAGAAGUGA